AUGAAGCUUUCGAAUCAGUCAGAAGUGCCGGUUUAUACAAUCUCUGGAUCGAACACUGCGCGGCCACUUCCUGAAUGGCUUGCGAGACGGAGAAAGCGCAGUCUCAAAAAUGACCCGGAGUAUGCGAAUCGAGUUGAACUUUUACAAGAUUUCGAGUUCGAAGAAGCUAGUCAAUGUGUAAGAGUCAGUGAAGAUGGUGAAUGGGUUAUGAGCACAGGAACCUAUAAGCCUCAGAUUCAUACACAUCAACUUUCACAGUUAUCCCUCUCAUGGGCCCGUCACACAGAUGCGCUAAACACCACGUUCCUCCUUUUAUCCUCCGACUACUCCAAAUCUCUCCAUUUACAGUCCGAUCGCUCACUCCAGUUUCACACACCUGGAGGGUGCCAUUACACAACGAGACUUCCCAGAUAUGGGCGUGAUCUAGUUUACGAUAGACAAUCUACCGAGGCAUUGGUCCCUUCCGUCGGCGUGAAUCAAGAUGGCAUGGGUGAAGUCUUUCGGCUUAAUUUGGAGAUGGGUAGAUACAUGCGGAGUUUCGAGAUUGAUGUGGGUGGCGACGACUUCACAUCCGCUGGCGGAGGAACGUUGCAAGGUGGUAUAAAUACAGGUGCCAUCAACACAGGAGCUAUUGCGGAGGAAAGCCACAAUUUGCUCGCCUUUGGUACUACGCUAGGCACGGUGGAACUCUGGGAUCCAAGAGCGAAAGGCAGGGCAGGAAUCUUGUUACCACCCACACAAUCUGUCCCUGAUGAAGGCCGCCAUGAGAUUACAGCUUUGGAAUUCCACCGCUCAGGCUUGACACUCGGUACCGGCUCGUCCAAUGGACUUAUUCACCUAUACGAUCUUCGUUCGCCAGUUCCUCUACUCAAGAAAGACCAAGGAUAUGGAUUCCCCGUCCACACACUUAAGUUCUUGCAGCCUUCAUCUUUAACACGUGAACAGACCAUGGAGCCUAAGAUCCUCUCUUCGGACAAAAAGAUUAUCAAGAUUUGGGACCCUCGGGACGGCAGCCCUUGGACGUCUGUGGAACCUGCGGUCGACAUCAACUCGGUUGCUUGGUGUAAGGAUAGCGGAAUGCUCUUGACUGCCAACGAAGGACGCCAGCAGCAUGCAUUUUUCAUCCCUCAGCUUGGACCCGCGCCGAAAUGGUGUUCCUUCUUGGACAACCUCGUUGAGGAAAUGGCUGAAGAUCCUAACGAUCCUAACGCAUUCAGCAGCGGUCAGGCAAGCUCUGUGUACGACAACUACAAGUUCUUGACCGUUCCUCAACUGCGCACUUUGAACUUGGAGCACUUGAUUGGCCGGACCAAUCUACUACGCCCUUACAUGCACGGUUACUUUGUGGCACAACGCUUGUAUGAAGAGGCUCGUUUGAUCACGAACCCCUACGUUUGGGAAGAGGAACGUGCGAAGAGAGUCAAGGAGAAGAUCGACAAGGAGCGUGAGAGCAGAAUCCGGGGUAAGAAGAAGGCUGCCGUCAAGGUCAACAAGAAGCUGGCCGACAGACUUAUGGCCAUUGAAGAGAAGAACGAACGUAAGAGGGCACAACGUGUAUUACAGAAGGGCGGUGAUGAGGAGAUGGUCGACGCACCUGCAUCUGCACCUGCAGCAGAGAAACCUGCUCAAGGUCUACUGGGCGAUAGUCGUUUCGCCAAGUUGUUCGAGGACGAAGACUUCGCCGUGGACGAGGCAUCGCACGAGUUCAGGCUUCUCAACCCCAGCACUGCCACAGAUGCCCCAGAGAGAAAAGAAAGAGGCCUUACUGCCGUUGAACAGGAGGAAAUCGACGAAGUGCCCGGUUCCAGCUCCGAUGAUUCUGACUCCGAGAGCGAAGCAGAACAACCUGUUAAAGAGAAGUCUUCCGGAAAGAUCUCGACAUCCUCCUAUAAACGUACCAACCGAUCCCAGCAGCCCCGAAUGCAAGUUUCUUCUUCUUCUGGCGUCAACUCUACUCGUGACCGUUCCUUCGGCUCUAGGGCUCAGAACAUGCGGACUAAGGAGAGACCAUCGCGUCGUGGCGGUGUCGUUGGAGAGAGGGAGGUGACAUUCACACCCCAUGUUAAGUCGAAACAGAACAAGGCCCCUGCACCAUCUCGGGAUACAAGUUUCAGGGCAAAGGAGAGACGCAGUGCAUCUGGCAACACCUUCCGAAAGAUGUGA